GCCGCUCCCGCUCCCCUCCGGCCCGCGAGGGCGCUGGGGGCGGGGAGCAGCUGGUGGACCAGCUCAUCCGCGACCUGAAUGAAAUGGAUGAUGUGCCCUUCUUUGAUAUCCAACUGCCUUACGAACUGGCAAUCAAUAUAUUUCAGUAUCUGGACAGGAAAGACCUGGGAAGGUGUGCACAGGUGAGCAAGACGUGGAAGGUGAUCGCGGAAGACGAGGUGCUGUGGUACCAGCUGUGCCGGCGGGAGGGGCACCUGCCCUCGAGCAGCAUCUCCGACUACUCGUGCUGGAAGCUCAUCUUCCAGGAGUGCCGGGCCAAGGAGCACAUGUUAAGAACCAACUGGAAGAAUCGCAAAGGCGCCGUGAGCGAACUGGAGCACAUUCCGGAUGCGGUUUUGUGUGACGUGCACUCCCACGACGGCGUCGUCAUCGCCGGAUACACAUCAGGGGACGUACGGGUGUGGGACACCCGCACCUGGGACUACACAGCCCCUUUCCUGGAAUCAGAGAAUGAGGAGGACGAGCCUGGAAUGCAGCCAUAUGUCUCCUUUGUGAGGAUAAACAGCUCGCUGGCGGUGGCGGCUUAUGAGGAUGGAUUUCUUAAUAUUUGGGAUCUACAGACCGGAAAGUACCCCAUCCACCGUUUUGAGCAUGACGCAAGAAUACAGGCGCUUGCCCUCAGCCAGGAAGAUGCCACUGUUGCCACAGCUUCCGCUUUUGAUGUCGUGAUGUUGCGCCCCAAUGACGAGGGCUACUGGCAAAUCACCGCAGAAUUCGAAGUUCAGAAACUGGUGGACUGCCUUGAAAUUGUCCCAGACACCGGGGGGGGUCCCGUGGCAGUGGCCUCGGCUGGAGACCUGGUGUACCUGCUAAGAGCCGAAGACGCUGCCAGGACCCUGCACUACGUCUACGGCCAGCCCGUCACGUGUCUGGACGUCUCAGCCAGCCGGGCUGCUUUUGGAGUGAAGAGUCUGGGAUGGGUGUACGAAGGAAACAAGAUCCUGGUGUACAGCCUGGAGGCAGAGCGCUGCCUCUCGAAGCUGGGCAAUGCCCUCGGGGACUUCACGUGCGUCAACCUCAGAGACAGCCCUCCCAACCUCAUGGUCAGUGGCAACAUGGACAGGAGGGUGAGGAUCCAUGACCUCCGCGCUGACAAGAUCGCCCUGUCUCUCUCUGCUCACCAACUGGGAGUCUCUGCAGUACAGAUGGACGACUGGAAAAUCGUCAGCGGAGGCGAGGAGGGCCUGGUCUCCGUGUGGGAUUACCGGAUGAACCAGAAGCUGUGGGAAGUGCAUUCCAGGCACCCCGUUCGUCACCUGUCCUUCAACAGCCACAGCCUCAUCACGGCCAACGUGCCCUACGAGAGGGUGGUGCGGAACAGUGACCCGGACUUCACGGCCCACAGGAGGCACCGCGGGCUGGUCCACGCCUACGAGUUUGCGGUGGAGCGGCUGGCCCUGCAGAGCACGCUGCCCGUGUGCCGGGCACCCACUGACACCGCGGCCGGCUACACCCUGGCGCUCGCCUUCCCCUAG